AACAGAAAGCGAUGACAGAAGACAUGAAGGAGAUGAAUGAAGAGGAAAGAAGGGUUGACGGUGAUGUAUGUUCCCAAAAGUGGACGAGCUUUGACUUGAAUGAAGAUGCUGUGAGCGAAGAGGAUGAGGAUGAGAAUGUUGGGAAGGAGAGUGAAGUCAGUGUUGAAGAGGAUGAGAUUGAGAAGAGAAGUGAGGGAAGUUGCAGCAAUAACAAUGGAGGCAAUAAUAAUAAUAAUAAUAAUGAUAGAAGAAGAGUGAGGCAAUACGUUAGGUCAAAGCUGCCUCGGCUUCGGUGGACUCCUGAUCUGCAUCUCUCUUUUGUGCAUGCUGUUGAAAGACUCGGUGGACAAGACAUAGCAACUCCGAAGUUAGUUCUUCAAUUGAUGAAUGUGAAGGGACUUAGCAUUGCCCAUGUAAAAAGUCAUUUGCAGAUGUAUAGAAGUAAGAAGCUUGAUGAGACUGGACAAGUUUUAAUCAAAACUAAUCGAUCAGUAAAAGGAAGGGAAGAGUUUCGGAGCAUAUUGUUGCAGCAAGCCGCCGCCGUAGGCUCCGGUCCUCGUCAACAUUUCAGAAUGGAAAAUGGUGGAAUUGUCUUAGCCGUUGAGUCUCUUGAAAAUAACAUCACACCAACUCCUCUUUACCGACGGCCACUAGAUUUCAAACCCAGCUUUCCCAGGCACCACUUGCCGCUAAAUUCCUUGAUGAGCAAUGGUGGUGGAGAAGAAAAUGGUUUCCCAAAGCCUGCCUUCAACAAUGAAGGGCUUAUGCGAAUGGGACCCAUGAGACCAGGCCGGGUUCUGGGAGAGAAGAGGUGGCAUCCUUUCCAUACGAUCUGUAAUAGAUCGGAAGUUAACUGCAAGGACGCAUAUAGACCCAAUGAGGACAACCUAGGAAACAACAACAUUGUUGGGCAGUUCCUUUCCAACAAGCUUGAUUUCUUGAGCAAAGUUGAUGUUUAUAAAUCCGAGUUUGACGCCUCACUUUUGAUGAAGAUGAAUCAAGAUAAAGUGAUGAAGGAUAUGGAAUGGUUACCUGAUCUACAGUUAAGAUUAAGCCGAAAUAUUGGAAUUGGUGAUGAAAAGAAAUCAGAUUGUAAAGGCUUGCACGAAAUUAACACUCAACUUUCACUUUCUUAA